AUGCCUCGGAAGAAUUUGGUUACGUGGAACACAAUGAUGUCUUUGUUUGGCCAUCAUGGGUUUGCUGAAGAGUCAAUAGUUAUGUUCCGCGAGAUCAUGAAGACGGAAUGGGCGUUGACAGAAUAUUCUUAUGUUGGUGUGUUAUCAGGAUUUUUGUGGGAGCAGGACCUAGAAUUAAGAGAGCAAGUACAUGGUUUAUUGGUGAAAAAUGGGUUGGUUUGCAAUGUUUUGGUUCUAAAUUCUUUGCUCAAUAUGUAUGUAAAGUGCUCUGGGCCAUGCAUAGCUGAGAAAGUAUUUGGGGAGGCUUCUAUCCGGGAUGUUGUGUCUUGGAAUACAAUAAUUGGUGCACUGACAAAAAGUGAGAGUCCAGGUAAAGCGCUUGAGCUCUAUUUGAAAAUGUGUAUUGAUGGAGUCUGGCCUAACAGGACAACAUUUGUUAGUGUUAUUAACUCCUGUACCAGAUCAGAGAAUCUGAUGUAUGGAAAACUGAUCCAUGGUAUGGCAAUUAAACACAUGUUAGAUCGUGAUAUAUUUGUAGGUAGUGCAUUGGUUGAUUUAUAUGCUAAAACUGAUUGGUUGGGGGAUGCACAGGGUUGUUUCGAUGAUAUAGAUGAGAAGAAUGUGGUUUCUUGGAACGCUUUAAUUUGGGGGUACUUGCAGAAAUGCUGUUUCUCCCCUGUUCAGCUGCUGUGUGAAAUGAUUCAAUUCGGUUGUCAGCUAAAUGAGUUAUCAUUUUCUACUCUACUCAAGUCAUCCGACACUGUAGAGUUGCAGCAGCUUCAUUCUUUGAUAAUAAAAAUGGGUUACCACGGGAAUGAGUAUGUAUCAUGCUCUCUCAUUACCUCGUAUGCCAAAAGUGGUCUGAUAUCCGAUGCCUUGAUUUUAGUUCCUGCUAAUGACACACAACUUCCUGUUGUCCCAUCUAAUGUGAUUGCUGGAAUUUACAAUAGGACAGGCCAAUAUCAUAAGACACAAGAAUUGUAUUCUCUACUUGAGGAACCGGACAUUGUAUCUUGGAACAUCUUGAUUGCAGCUUGCUCCCGCAAUGGCGAUAACAAGGAGGCUUUUGAACUUCUUGGACACAUGCGGGUGGCUCAGAUUCAUCCUGACAAGUAUACUUAUGUUAGCCUCUUGAGUGUUUGCACUAGCCUUUGCAAUCUAGCUUUGGGUAGUUUGCUCCAUGGUCUCAUCAUAAAAACGGAUUCCAAACGUUGCGACACAUUUGUUUCCAACAUAAUUAUAGACAUGUAUGGAAAAUGUGGGAGCCUCGAGAGUUGUCUGAAAAUAUUCGACGAAAUGGCAGAUAGAAAUCUUAUCUCAUGGACUGUUGUAAUUUCAACACUAGGGCUUCAUGGUCAAUCAUACAAGGCAUUACAAAUGUUCAGAGAAAUGGAAGCAGUUGGUUUUAUGCCAGAUAGAGUUGCUUUUCUUGCUGUGCUUUCAGCAUGCAGACAUGAUAUGGAGAUCUGA